AUGUUAAAACCAAAAGCGUUGACACAAGUGCUUAGUCAAGCAAAUACAGGAGGUGUAGAAAAUACAUUGCUUUUGACACAUCAAGGUGCACUCCUCGCAUAUUCAGGUUACAAUGAUAAGGAUGCAAGAGUAACAGCUGCGAUUGCAAGUAAUGUCUGGUCAGCAUAUGAGAAACAGGGGAAAAAUGUUUUUAAAGAAGAUAAAUUACAUUUAAUUCUUGUAGACUGUCAGAAUGGAAAGAUUGCUGUUACCCAAGUAGCUAAUUUAUUACUGUGCUUGUAUUCUAAAGAAACUGUUGGCUUUGGUAUUUUGAAAGAAAAAAUUAAUGCAAUUGCACAAUAUUUAGAAGGACCCUUAAAACAAGUAGCUAGUUCUUAA